UGGCGCGAGGAAAAGUAAUUAAGAAAAGCCCAAGAUCGCGCAACGUUUCCAGUUUGCCUUCAACUUGAGUCCCGUCAAGUCGCGUUUCUUCAUUCGUACUUGAAAUUUCGAACGAUGAGCAUCAACCAGCAGUGAUAUUUUUUUUUGUUUUUUGGAUUCUGCUGACUUUGCUUUCGGGAGCUUUGUGGGCUGUUUGCAUUUUUCUGUGUGUGCUGUGCAAGUGCAGAAUAGUGCGGAAGUUUGACAAAAUACAAGAAUAUAAGAUUUGGAUUAAUUUCAAUUAAAUUGUGGUGAUGAAUGAUAUAGUUCAAGAAGGCCUGAGGGCAGAGUUCACACUCACGCACACCCCAUCAGCUGCGGAUGCACCAAGCGUGUACAAAUCCACAACAAUCCCAUACGACAAGGGACCCAAUGGGACUGCGGGGCAGAAUGAGAGUCCACCUGAGGAGCAGAGUCUGGAGGUGAAACGCUUUUCCAAUUUGCCACAGCGUGAACCCGUGGACAUCCAGUUCAAGGACAUCACGUACACCGUCAGCGUGGGCUUCCGCAAAGAAAAGAAAGAGAUUCUUCACAAAGUAAAUGGAAAAUUCCCCGGAGGACAACUUAUUGCCAUUAUGGGACCAUCAGGAGCUGGCAAGAGUACCCUCCUGCAUGUCCUCUCAGGGUAUAAGAAGACAAAUGUAAAUGGUGCAAUAUACGUAAAUGGGAGGAUCAGAAAUUUGGAUGUUUUCCGCAAAAUGACCUGCUACAUAACACAGGAUGAUCACCUUCAGGAGCUCCUCACUGUCUUGGAAAAUAUGAGAAUUGCUGCUGAUUUUAAGCUUGGUGCAAAUUUCCCGGUUCAGGAGAAAGAUGGACGAAUCGAAGACAUCUUGACGGUUCUUGGUCUCUAUGAGCACCAAUUUACGCUCGCAGGUCGCCUUUCGGGUGGUCAGAAGAAGAGGUUGUCAAUUGCUCUGGAAUUAAUUAGCAAUCCCACCAUAAUGUUCCUCGAUGAACCAACAACUGGUCUCGAUAGUUUUUCUUGUACACAAGUUGUUGAUCUACUGAAGCAACUCGCCGGUCAGGGACGCACUAUAAUUUGCACAAUCCACCAGCCAUCCGCCAAACUUUUCGCUGAAUUUGACCAAGUUUAUGUGCUUUCGCUUGGCGAAUGCCUCUAUCAAGGCAGCACUGGGAACCUUGUGCCAUACCUGCAGUCGAUUAACCUACCAUGCCCAAAAUAUCACAAUCCGGCGGAUUAUAUCAUUGAGCUGGCCUGCGGGGAGCAUGGGGAAGAUAAAAUUCAGCACAUGGUGACCGGAAUGGCGAAUGGGGAGUGUAUGGAUUGGUUUGGGGACCAAAAUAAGGUCCUGAAGCUCGAGACGUUGCGGCAGAAGUAUCCACUUCAGAGGCGCACGAAGGAGAAUACAAUCCUGCAGGCAACGAAUCAGUGGAAUCAACUGAAGACGCUCAUCCGACGUGGGAUCAUACGCGGAAAAAGGGACACAACGUUGACACAUCUUCGAAUUGGCGUCAACAUCAUCGUUGCCAUAAUGUUGGGUUUCCUCUUCAUUGAGGGCGGCAAUGAGGGCUCCAGAGUACUGGAUAAUUACAAUCUUAUGUUUGCCAAUCUCAUGCAUCACUCCAUGACAACAAUGAUGCUGACUGUAUUAACUUUCCCCACAGAAAUGGCCAUUUUAAGAAAAGAACAUUUCAACAGAUACUACUCUCUGAAAGCGUACUACACCUCCGUGACCUUACUUGACAUUCCCAUGGCUGUUUUCUGCUGUUUCAUCUAUACAGUAAUCGUGUACUUCCUGAGUUAUCAACCUUUUGAGGCUUUCCGGUUUGGAAUGUACUUCACAAUUUCCCUAUUGGUUGGCUUCGUAGCACAGAGUAUGGGUCUCAUGGUUGGAGCCUGGUUCAACGUUGUUAACGGCACCUUUAUAGCUCCGGUAUCUUCAAUCCCAAUGAUGAUGUUUGCUGGAUUCGGUGUGACUCUCCGUGAUCUACCGCCAUACCUAAAAUGGGGCAGCUACAUAUCAUACCUCAGAUACGGCUUAGAGGGGUACGUUGGUGCAAUAUACGGGGAAGAUCGGGCUACACUUGUUUGCGAAGCCAAACCCUAUUGCCACUUCAAGUAUCCAAAGAGGUUUCUGCAUGAAAUUUCAAUGGAGGGUGAUCAAUUUUGGACUGAUGUGUAUGCUCUCUGUAUUAACAUCCUUUUAUUCCGAAUUCUGGCGUAUGUCCUUCUCAGGGCAAAACUCAGGGCUGUGAGAUAACAUGGAACAUUUGUUUUUCUUUAUUUACCUCUAAGAUUGUUAUAUUAUUCCUAUUUUAAUAAAUUAAAGCGUUUUAUAGGCUAAAUUAUAAGUUCAUUCAUUUGCAAUUUAUUAAAAGAAAAUUAAGGGAAAAUGCUCUUAUUCAAACUUGCCAAAUAAAAAUAAAACAAACAAAUAGAUAUUAUACAAAGAAGAAAAUUUUUAUUAAUAUUUUGUUAAUUUUUUUGAAUUACAAAUAAAUGAAGUGAUAAAUUGAAAUUUAA